AUGACAGUUUGUCUCCCUGCAGCCCCUCUGUGUCCCGUGUAGCUAUGAAGCUGGAAAAGGCCCGCCCAGAGCCGCAGCUGGAGUUCACCAUCGCCACCGAGCAGGAAUUUGAUGAGAUCCUGGACAUGUCCAAGGGUAUCUACGGGGGUCUCGACUACCUCCCCAGCCGCUACCACUCCUGGAUCCGCGAGCCCAACCGCACCGUUGUGUUGGCCAAGAGGAAUGGCGCAGUGAUCGGGCUCCAGUCUGUCUACAUCGUAGAUGCUGGCGAGACGGUUCUGGUGGAGGGGCUGCGUGUGGCCCCCUGGGAACGGGGCAAGGGCGUGGCUGGCAUCCUGCAGCGCUUCUGCCUGGAGAUGGUGAAGGAGAAGCACCCAGGGGUCAAGGUGUCACGCCUGACAAGGGACGACAAACUGGGCCCCAAGGACUUCAAGAAGUACCGGGUCAUUGCCAAGCAGGGGAUUCUGCUGGUGCGCUUCAAUGCCCAAGACCUCCUGUCCCGGCUGGACGUCACCCUGCUAGCCCUGGAGGAGGGCGGCUUCUGCCCAGAGCCCUCCGAGCUGCUGGCGGCUGGCGAGGUGGCCGAGAUCAUCCUGCGCGAUUCGUUCCGCAGCGAAGUCCUGCCCAACCAGACCAUCAUCCAGGACUGGCAGCCCUUCAAGGCCAUCCCCAGCAACCUGGGCCUCCUGCAGCAGAAGGAGCUCUGCUGGGUGGUGGACCAGAAGUCCCGCCCCGCCGUGGCCACCCUCAGCACCCGCCCCUUCGCCAUCCCCCUGGGCAAGGACUGGUUCUAUCUCAACAUCGACGUCUUCGGGCAGGGCCUGGCCCACGUCAAGAGCCAGCUGCUCCACCACCUCCGCCUGCAGCUGCCCGCCCUCCAGGGGGACGUCAUGUGCCAGCUCUUCCUGCCGCCGGCGCUGUGGCUGGACAUGGCCCAGUUCUGCCAGGGGGCGCUGGGGCUGGAGCUGGCCAAGGACUACACGGAGCAGUACCUCCUGGAGUCUGACGUCUAG